AUGGCAAAUGUGCCGCAGUAUACAACGGAUGAUGUUGCAGCCCACAAGGCCAGGGAUGACUUGUGGAUCAGCAUCCACGGAAAAGUCUACAACAUUACGGAAUACGUACGCGACCACCCUGGUGGAGCAGAUCUUUUGAUUGAUGUGGCCGGAAGAGAUGCCACGGAGGCAUACGAGGAUGUUGGACAUUCUGAGGAUGCAGAUGAGAUCCUACAGACACAUCUCAUUGGCACACUCAAAGAUGCUACCGAGGUAACGCGUUCCAAAGCGGUUCGUGUCAUUCAGUCAACUCCACAACAAACCACGGUCGAGAAGCCAUCGAAACCUUCAGUUGGCACUGUUGCCAUUGCUACGGGCUCAUGUGGAAGUGCCGCACUCUGGUUAUAUCUCGGCUCCAACAACGGCUUAAACAUAAGCGUUAAAGAGGCACUUGUGAAGGCUCUCCAACUCUCGCCACGCUGGUUGUCUGCGGUCCGUGCGCCGCAUCAGAGCUUCCAGGGUGGAGGAUUUUCGAAUGGAUUUAUCACUGCCAGCCUUAUUUGCGCAGCUAUUGGUGGCGUUAUAGGCAUCAAGCUCUCCGAAAUCACGCAGAUUAAAUCAGGAUUUUCACAGUACCCUCCACACCUCACUGGUCACAAAGUGGCCAAGCCGAACCCGCAUCAGACUAAAGGAUUUCUCGAGCCAAAGGAAUAUAAGAAGCUCCCGUUAAUUGCGAAAGACCAACUGUCUCCAAACGUAUAUCGAUUUAUUUUUCGUCUUCCCGGCCAACAAGAUGUUAUUGGUCUUCCUAUUGGCCAGCAUAUAGCCAUUAAAGGAAUUAUCGAUGGACAAUCAAUCUCUAGGUCAUAUACUCCAACAUCAAACAACCUAGACCUUGGCAGACUGGAGCUAGUUAUCAAAUGUUACCCUGACGGUAUGCUUACCGGUAAAUAUCUUGAGAAACUUAAAGUCGGCGAUAAUGUUCUCUUCCGCGGUCCUAAAGGUGCAAUGAGAUAUAAUAAGGGCCUUUGCCAGAAGAUUGGAAUGAUUGCUGGUGGAACCGGAAUCACUCCGAUGUAUCAACUUAUUCGAGCAAUCUGUGAAGACGAUACUGAUACAACCGAAGUUAGUUUAAUCUAUGCUAAUCGUACAGAGGAAGAUAUCCUUUUGAGGAAGGAACUAGAGACAUUUGCUCAGAAUUGUCCAAAAAAUUUCAAGCUUUGGUAUAUGCUUGACAAUCCUCCUAAGAAGUGGGACUAUGGCAAGGGCUAUGUUACUCCAGACGUUAUGAAAAAAUAUCUUCCUGGUCCUUCCGCCGAUACGAAGGUGAUGCUUUGCGGGCCUCCAGGGAUGAUAAAUGCUUCGAAGAAAGCGUUGAUAUCAAUGGGAUUUGAGGCACCGGGCGCUGUUUCUAAGAUGACGGAUCAAAUUUUCUGCUUUUAG